AUGAAGUGGUUUCUGCUACUGGUAACAGUUGCCUUUGUGCAAUAUCACGGAAUAAAAGGUCUUCCCCUUAGUGACUACGACCACACGGAAAGGCAAGAUGAAAACAGCGACGCAUUACUCGAAGAGAUGGAAAACGACGACUUGUUUAAAUCUCACACAAAUGUAGCGAAAAUAGUAAAACGCGAGAGUGAUCCAGGUGUAUUUAGAUUUAAGCCUAUAAGGUUUAGGAGUUACGCUGGUAGCCGUUUGAAAAACGCUGGUAGCCGUUUGAAAAACUUUGGCAACCGUUUGAAAAACAUUGGCAAGAAAACUUCGCCGAACAUUGGCAAGACAGUUUCGCCGAACAUUGGCUACACAGGUUUGCCGAGCAUUGGCAACACAGUUUCGCCGAAACUGUCUCUGCUCCAAAAACUGGAGUAUUUGGCUCCUCUCUCACACGUCACACGACUUGGAACAGAUAUUUUUCACUUCGUGCAUCUAGUCAAAGAAGUGGAGGCGCGCGAGCAGGAAAGAGAAAUACUAAAGAAAGAACAUGACAACAAGGACAAGACAGAAGGAGUGGAGGCGCGCGAGCAGGAAAAAGAAAUGCCAAAGAAGGAGGAAUGUAAGUUUUUGAAAGAUAUAUAUAUAUAAUGUUUUACGAUAAAAAUAUAUCUAUUCACUAUACGAACGGACACAUGAGUAUUUGCCUCAUUGUAGUUGUUAAAGCGCUGGAGAUGGUUACACUUUUACAAACUUUGGAGAAAUUAAUGGGAAA